AUGCAAUCUGGCGCUACAUCUCUCUGGGGUCACGAAGGCAGUGGAGGCCCCAAGAAGUGGACGGAGCUCUACAUCAAGGGCAUUACGUUGAUACCGUACUGCUUUCCGACAGAAGAACAUCGCAAAGCAAAUGUUGAGAAACUAGAAGCAGCUAUCAGAGUGUGGAUGACAGCUCUCGGCGGCGGACCGUCGCCGGGUACAAACCACAAGAUCAUCUUCUCGGAUCCAGCUGAGAGCAAAUGGAAUAUGGCUGUACCUUACAAGACAGUCGCCAUCUGGAAGGACGAUGGCGUGGGCAAAGCCGCGGCCGCAUCCACUGUGGGCAUGGGUGAUACGCCGGGAAAGCCUUGGGAUCUGAACAUGUGGAUAGACGUAGAAGCCAGCGUCACAACUGUAGCACACGAACUUGGACAUGUCAUGGGAAUGAUGCACGAGCAGCAACGCUCAGACCGUGAUAGGUACAUCCAUUACGACUGCACAAAGCUCACCGACUACCGCACCGCCCUCGCACGCGCGCGUGAAUCCGACCCAAGCACGACGACCGACGAGCUGUGCAACGACGUCACAAUUGCUGAUAGAUACAACUUCAGCGGCCGCUCCUACACCGAUACUGUUCUGUACGGGAAAUCCGAGGAUGGCUGGAUACUGAACCCCGAUUCACCGUACGAUGCGGAUAGCAUCAUGCACUACCACAGCUACAUCAUGGGUAAUGAGAAUUGUCUGAAUGGCAACCAGGCGGAGUGCCCAGUAGCGCGUUACAGGGACAGUACGAAUCAUGAUCUCGGAUAUGAGAUGAUUCCUAUGUGGUCCAGGCCGAGUUCGUGGGAUGUGGCAUGGGUCAAGACGCAGUAUGGGUGGAGGUACAGUGGCGCCGAUGAAGGCGCGCAAGAUGGCGGGGAGAUUAGUGAGGCUCGAUUAAAGGAGCUGAUUGAGGAGGGACGAGAGCGAUAUGUUCAGAGCCAGGUGUAG